AUGGUUUACGAAUCCGAUUUUUAUACGACCAGGCGGCCUUACAGCACCAGGCCCACCGUUUCUUCUUACACUAUGUCGGGCACGCCAUCGCGACAAGUGCGAGUCUUACCGGGAUUAGGCAAGGUACACGUGACGUACUCAUACGAUCGUUUAGUACCGUACGUGGGGCACAAAAGGCUGACGGUCGUGACAUCACCACCUAAAGUGUGGUCGACGCGACCAAGCGUGCUUCGUCGCGAAUUCGACCGGAUCGAGAGCAAACUCCGGCCCUGGACCGGGUAUUCCGCGACCAACCGCUACCUCAACUCCGAUUCUGCUGUGCGGACUUACUAUGUGAACUAUCCCAUAACUGGAUCCGAUUACUACGAUUACUACUACAACACCCUCAACUUACCCAGCUCCACAUACUUACCGAAGGUUUACCGCUGGUACUACUCUUGGCCUAGGGUGUACAACACCUCGUAUUGGCCCUUGGCUAGAACCUACUUGUCCAAUUACUUGAGGAAUUACUAUCAGAACACCGAUUGGCCCAGUUACUAUUGGUCCAGUCACUUACCCUGGUUAAAGAAUUUGGAUUACGAUUUUAAAGAUCUCGAAUUUAAAAUUGAUAAUCUGCGAAGAACCGUUUACUUGGACUACCCCUACACUCCCACUACCUUAAGGGCUCUGGACUACCCCUUAAGCACCCCAAUUAAGGCUUUGGACUACACCUAUUAUCCGUACUCUUACAGAUAUUACCGCCCUCUGUCGCUAUACUAUAACUACUACUGGCCUCUUAGCAGUCUUAAUCGCUAUAGCAGCUACUGGCCUUCUACCUAUUAUCCCUAUUACAGAAACCUGUAUUACAGAUACACACUACCGUCCGAUAGAUACUAUUAUUUGAAAGAUAUAUUCGAUGACGAGACUAGACUGAUUCGCGCGCAAACGGCGUCUCUGUUGAAACGGAUUCACGACCCGGUUCCUCGUGUACAAAGAUACAGCUGGCCUCUUUCGGUCACUACAAGACACUACGACGACGGUUUUCCAGCCAGGUGGUCGAACGACAACUAUAUCCACCGGCUGUUAGUGACCUCGCCGAAAUCUAAGACCGAGUACACGACUUAUUACACGGAACCCGUCAGGAAAUAUAUCGGAAGUGGUCACCUAGCAUGUGUAUCAUACGCAGGCGAUAGGGGCUACAGCCGCCGCCCCCAUCUAUAUCUCUACGAAGAUCCAAUGAAGAACGACAUCCAGCUGUUAAGCUACUACAUCAAUAAGUUCAAGCACGAGAAAGCUGUUACUAGUGGCAGUGAAACUGCAAAAGUUCCCCUAAACCCCGCACGUCCCACCCGCAAAUUCGCUGCUCAGAAAAUCGAGGACGAUGAAGAGACGGCCAAGGAGAUGCAGAAACUUCGCGAAGCCAGAGCUGCCAGAAUGGCCUUCAUCAACGAGGAGGAGAAAGUGGUGAGAUCUUCGGUAACGGUGGACGAUGCCGUCAAGGCCAAAAAGAAGCAGGAGGAAGAGAGGUUAGCUGAGGAAAAAGCUGUAGCCGAGGAACAAGCUAGAGAAAAAGCACAAGCCAAGAAAGAGGAACAGGCUGCCAGAAAAGCCGAAUUAGCCAGACAGGAGGAGUUGGCUGCACAGGCCGCGGCCGAAAAGUUCGCCGAAAUCGAAAGACAAGCAGAGUUGGCCAGACAAGAAGAACUGGCUGCCAAAGCAGCUGCAGAGAAGGCCGCCGAACUUGAGAGACAAGCCGAGUUAGCCAGGCAGGAAGAAUUAGCCAAACAGGCUGAACUAGACAAGGCCCGUAAAGCAGAAGAAGAACGCAUCCGUUUGGAGGAGCAACGCCGUUUAGAAGAAGACGCCAAAGCCGACGAAGUGAGACAACAACAAGAACGUUUAGAGGAACUAGCUCGCGAAGCCAAAGAAGAAGAGGAAGCCGAUCUCGCACGACAAGCCGAAGAGCUUGCCGAAUUAGCGAGGCAAGAGGCUGAGUUAGCCGAACAGGCCAACAAAGAAGCCGAGGUUGCCGAACUAGCACGCCAGGAAGAAGAAUUAGCCGAAUUAGAUAGACAACAAGCUGAAUUAGAAGAAUUAGAACGAAAAGAACGGGAACUUGCAGAGCUAGCCGAAACAGCCCGCCUGGAAGCCGAAGAAGCCCAACUAGAAGCGGAAGAAGCCGCCAAACGGGAAGCAGACGAAAUCGCCAGAAGGGAAUUAGAAGCAGCAGCCGAAGAAGACGCUCCCACUGAAGAAGAUCUAAUCCAAAAGGCUUCAGAAGAAGAAGCCAGCAAGGCAGAAGAAGAAUUAGCUAGACAACAAGCCGAAUUAGAAGAAUUAGAAAGGCAAGAAGCUGAAUUAGCCGAAUUAGAACGACAGCAAGCCGAAUUAGACGCUUUAGAGGCUGAAGCUAAAGCACUUGAAGCUCAAAAUGAACCGGAACCAGAGCAAGAAGCCGUACCUGUCGAAGAAGAAGAGGAAGACGAAGAAACAAGGAAGCAGCGGGAAAUGGACGAAUUGAUUCAACAAAAAUUCGAAAUGGCUGAACUCGAAAAGCAACAAGCUGAACUUGAUCAGUUGGAAGCCGAAGCUAGAGCUUUAGAAGAAGACGCUCCAAAUGGCGAUGACGAUGAGGAAGAACCCGCUAUUGCGGAGGAUACACCUGUACAAUCUGAUGUUGAAGAAUAA